UCCUCCCUCCCUCCCUCCCUCCGGCCGCCCCUCUCCGCUUCCGUGCGCCCGGCUGCUCGCCCGUCCGGGAGGGUCGUUAUCCUCGGCAGCCCGACACGGCACGGCGGCUGACACUGCCCGCUUCCCCCGCCCCAUCCUCCGGGCCGGGGCUGUGUGUGCAUGGCAGUGUGGGGGAGGUUCUUUAUUGGCCUCGUCCUCCUUCCCUCCCUCCCGCCGCCCCCCUUCACCUUCCACACUCCACCCAGAAAUGAUCCAGUGAAACCAGGAGGAGGUGAUUCUCCUCCUCCCUCCUGCUGCUGCUCCUGCUGGUCUGGAAGGGACUGCAGGAAUCUCUGCCGUGCUCUGCUCUGAGGCAGGGUCUGGGGAGGGGAGGUCGUUCUGUGGAGGGAGGGGGCCGCUGUGGCCCGGGGUACAGCUCUCUCGCGGGGGGCUGCUUGGUUUCCGACCAUGGGGAAGGAUCAGGAACUGCUGGAAGCUGCUCGCACUGGGAAUGUGGCUCUGGUGGAGAAACUCCUCUCUGGGAGGAAAGGAGGGAUCCUUGGCAGUGGAUCUGGAGCUAUCCCCUUAUCCAGCUUACUGAGCAUCUGGCGAGGACCAAACAUAAACUGCACAGACAGUUCAGGUUAUACUGCUUUACAUCAUGCAGCUUUAAAUGGACACAAGGAUAUAGUUCUCAAAUUACUUCAGUAUGAAGCAUCAACUAAUGUGGCAGAUAAUAAGGGUUAUUUUCCUAUUCACUUGGCUGCUUGGAGAGGAGAUGUAGAUAUUGUGAAGAUUCUCAUCCAUCACGGACCAUCACACUCCCGAGUGAAUGAACAGAACAAUGAAAAUGAAACAGCACUGCAUUGUGCAGCUCAGUAUGGUCAUUCAGAAGUUGUUGCUGUUCUGUUGGAAGAGUUGACAGACCCUACAAUAAGGAACAACAAACUGGAAACACCUCUGGAUCUGGCAGCACUUUAUGGACGUCUACGUGUUGUAAAAAUGAUCAUUAAAGCAUAUCCAAACCUGAUGAACUGUAACACAAGAAAACACACUCCUUUGCAUCUUGCUGCACGUAAUGGCCACAAAGCUGUCGUACAGGUGCUUCUGGAGGCUGGAAUGGAUGUCAGCUGCCAAACAGAAAAAGGGAGUGCACUACAUGAAGCAGCCCUAUUUGGAAAGGUGGAGGUAGUACGCAUUUUGCUUGAAACAGGAAUAGAUACCAACAUAAAGGACAGUUUGGGUAGAACGGUUUUGGAUAUACUUAAAGAACACCCAUCUCAGCAGUCACUUCAAAUUGCAGCUCUACUUCAAGAAUAUAUGGAAACAGGAAAUGCAAGUAUUUCAGAGGAACGCCCACUGGAAUGCGCAGAACGUCAGUCUUGCAUUUUGUCCCCAGAAGUUCCUCCAUCUCCAAAGGCUAAAAGUGAAGCUGUGACUGGAGAAUUAUCAAAGCUCUUAGAUGAAAUCAAAUUGUGCCAAGAAAAGGAAUACUCUUUUGAAGAUCUGUCUCAUACAAUAUCAGACCAUUAUCUGGAUAAUUUUAGUAAAGUAUCAGAGGAAGAACUUAUGACCAGUGGAAGCCAAACCAAGCUUAAUGUAAGGCCUUCUUCAAUGCGUUUAUCACCAAGGGAGGAAGAUGAUGAUGAUGCAGGUGAAAAUACAUGCGGUCCUUCAGGUUUAUGGGAGGCAUUGACACCUUGUAAUGGAUGCAGGAACCUCGGAUUUCCCAUGCUUACACAGGAAUCUUAUUCAAAGAAGAGAGGUUAUGCAUUGGAAGCAAUAUCCUCUGUACCUCUGGAUGCAUUUCCUUCAGAAAAUGACAGCAGUCAUUGUGAUUCGAUAGACGUAGCAGUGACCAAAAAGCCUUGUUCCCUAGAGAUAGCAAGAGUUCCUUCCUCAAGACCAGAUAAUGCACCUCAGGUAGCAAUUACCGCACCAGGAUCUGGUAACCAUAGAAACAGCUCUACAGGCCCAACACCUGACUGCUCUCCUCCAUCACCAGACACUGCACUUAAAAACAUAGUGAAAGUUAUACGUCCUCAGCCCAAGCAACGUACAUCCAUAGUAUCUUCUCUGGAAUUUCACCGAAUGAAUCACAGCCACAAUUAUUUUGAAAUCAACUCAUCCAUUGGCUGUGCAAGUUUUAUUUCUACUCCUGCAAUCAGUCCAGCUAAUUAUUCCUUUGGACCUCUGGAAUACAGUCUUGAAGAGAAAGAAAUUCCAGAGCAACUUUGCCAGGGUGAAACAUCCACUGAAAGUGAGUUUCCAGAAGGACACCCCGCUGAGCAGUUUGCAGGUUUACUUCAUGGAUCAUCACCUGCAUGUGACCCACCUGAAAAUCCACUCCAGCUGUACAGCAAAGUAAACCUGUGCAGUGGUCCACUAGAGAAAAGCAUUUUGAGCAAGAGCACAGUGCAGCAGAUACAGCUACGAAAAGAAAGCAGCUCUGAUCCUCCUGUUAAGAAAAAAAAACCACCAAUUGUAAACAGAACCAUAUUUCAUACUAAAAAUAAACCAGUAGAAAAUCAUACACUGGUUGGUGCACCAAGGAUAAGUGAACAAUGGGUUAUUAGCACUGGGGGAUUUGUGGAGCGAGCAUGCACGCUUGGGAGAAUACGAUCCUUACCGAAGACUUUACUUGAAAUGCAUUUGUGCAAAAAUGUUUCUAAAUCUGAUUCUAAUCUUAUCACCCGUCCACCAAAUGACAAAAAAGCAAGAAGCAAUUGGAGUGAACCCACACCAAAUCAACAGUGCUCCAAAGGGAAUUCAGAGAGAACACCUUCUUUCACAUCAGAAUGGGAAGAAAUUGAUAAAAUCAUGAGUUCAAUAGAUGCUGGAAUUAAUACUGGACUGGGGGAGAUGAGUGAUCACACUACAAGACCCCGAUGCCCUGUCCAGACAGUGGGACAAUGGUUGGAAAAUAUUGGGCUACCUCAGUAUGAAAACCACUUGCUGGCUAAUGGAUUUGACAAUGUGCAAUUUAUGGGAAGCAACGUGAUGGAGGACCAGGAUCUCUUGGAAAUAGGAAUCCUUAAUUCUGGGCACAGACAGAGAAUACUCCAAGCAAUCCAGCUUCUCCCAAAGAUGAAGCAGAUCGGUCACGAUGGCUACAACCCCACCUCUGUAGCUGAAUGGCUGGAUUCCAUUGAACUGGGUGACUAUACCAAAUCCUUUCUAAUUAAUGGCUAUACAUCGAUGGACCUUGUGAAAAAAAUCUGGGAGAUUGAAUUAAUUAAUGUCUUAAAAAUUAGCUUGAUUGGCCACCGGAAGCGCGUUUUGGCAUCUUUGGGAGACAGGCUUCACGAAGAUCCUCCUCAGAAACCACCUCGGUCAAUAACCCUCAGGGAACCCAGCGGUAACCACACUCCUCCUCAGUUGUCUCCAUCACUUAGCCAAAGCACUUUCACUACUGGUGGCUCCCUGGACGUUCCCCACAUUAUCAUGCAGGGCGAUGCAAGGAGAAGAAGAAAUGAAAACUAUUUUGAUGAUAUUCCCCGGUCAAAGCUGGAGAGGCAGAUGGCACAGCAGUCUUCGGUCUGUGAGAUCUGGACCAACCAGAAUGCAGGAUAUCCAUUCUCAUCGAUUCAUCAGGUUCAUAAUACAGGAGACUGGGGAGAGCCUUCAAUUACCUUGCGACCUCCAAAUGAAGCCACAGCAUCAACGCCUGUACAAUAUUGGCAACAUCAUCCAGAGAAACUCAUCUUCCAGUCAUGUGAUUAUAAAGCAUUUUAUUUAGGUUCUAUGCUGGUAAAAGAGUUAAGAGGCACAGAGUCAACACAGGAUGCAUGUGCAAAGAUGAGGAAGUCUACAGAACAAAUGAAAAAAGUACCAACCAUUGUCCUGUCUGUUUCUUACAAAGGAGUCAAAUUUAUUGAUGCCACAAAUAAGAAUAUCAUUGCUGAACAUGAAAUCCGUAACAUUUCCUGUGCUGCACAAGACCCCGAAGACCUUUCUACAUUUGCGUACAUCACUAAAGACUUGAAGACUAAUCACCACUACUGCCAUGUAUUCACUGCGUUUGAUGUGAAUUUAGCUUAUGAAAUCAUUCUUACCCUAGGACAAGCAUUUGAGGUGGCCUAUCAGCUUGCACUACAAGCACGAAAAGGGGGCCAUUCUUCAACCCUCCCAGAAAGCUUUGAAAACAAACCCUCUAAACCUAUUCCCAAACCACGUGUUAGUAUUCGGAAGUCAGUGCAGAUAGAUCCAUCCGAACAAAAGACUCUUGCGAAUCUACCGUGGAUUGUUGAACCUGGACAAGAGGCCAAAAGAGGCAUUAAUACCAACAGAGAGGAAGACUGCACUGUAUGGUGGCCUUGUAACUAACAAAAAAGGCUGACAGUCAUUUCUGGUGAUGUUCUUCUUCCUGCAGCACUGACAGAAGAAUGACACUAUAUGAAGACUUUUAAAAUUACAGUCCACAAGAGGAGUGAGAAACCUUAUUUUUCACGCAGUUCUCCCUUGUGACUCUGCCACAGUGCUUUCUUUGAUUUCUUAUUUUAGGAUUCUACUUUUUAAAGAAAAAAAACAAAAGGUCUCUAAACUAAUACUACUGCUGCCUAUGAGUAGAGUAUUUGAUUGGGUUUUUUAUUUGAAUCCUGGCAGUUUUUAAUUGAAAUAGAACCAGAAUUAAUAAAUAGAUUAUUUGUGAAACCACUGAAUUCAUUAAUAAUUACUGUGUUGAAUAAGGAACUCAUUAAAGUGACAAGAAAUUAGGUACCCUGAUUUCUGUGUGCGCUGAUUUUAUAUGUAAAAAUUGAUGUCCUUUGAUCCUCUACAAAAAUAAGAACCUCUUGCAUUGUAGCAAAGGAUCAGAGUUUUAUGAAUUGAUAGAAAAAGGUAUUAAUAAUGCACAGAAAACAUUUAUUAGAUAUUUUUAUGGAAGAGAAGUACUAUAGGAAAACAUAUGAAUAUUUAUGGAAGGAAGCCAGAUUAAUUAUGAGAAAUAUUGUUUAUUUUAAAGUUAAGUAAACGACUGCUAUUGCAGCAUAUGAAAAUUGUAAGACUUGUAGCAUCAGUGCACUGGAUGUUCCGUGUAAUCAGUCUGGAAUGAAAGUGGAAUGGUCAUUCUACUACACCUACAUAUAGUUUAUGCAGUUCAACAUUGCUAUAGCCAUGAAUUCUACUAAUAUUUUUAAAAAACAAUCUCAGUGGUUCUAAAAAAAAGUCAAAACCAUGGAUUUUGCUAUCAAGAUUUCUGUCACAGAAAACUUGUUUGAAAGAGUGUUGAUAAAAUUCUAUUGCAAAACAUUUUCUAAAUAAAAAUACUGAGAAAAAGAAAAAAUUCCAAAGUAAUAAAAAUGUUUUCAUGGAACAAAAGUUAAGCAUUUGCUUAAUAUUUGAUUAAAUAAGAUUUACUUACUUUUUCUUUGAAGUGUUUUAAUUUUUUUAAUGUCUGUGGAGUAUUUGUAUAAUACCAUGAUGUAUAUUUAUGUAGAACUGAAAUUAUAACAGUACAAAUAUCAUUAUAGGAGAAAAAUGACAUUUUAACGUAUAUUGUUCUAUCCAGUCAAAUUGUGAAUCAUUUUGAAGUUCAUUAUAGAGAUAUUGAAAAAUUGUGUGGUUGUCUUAAUGUUUUUUUAAUUAUUAUUUCAUAUCCAGCUGAGGUUUUUCAGUUAGAAUCAUCAGUUGGUAUAUUCCAAAAAAUGGAUAAUUGAACUUGGUUUAAACCUGAUAAUUGUAUAUGGUUUAGUUACACCUAAUCAUAGCGCUGAGUGAUGACAUACUUUUAAUACAGUAUUCAAUUUACUUGAACAAAAUAGUUCCUUGUACAUAUUUUUGCCUAUUCACUGUUGAUAUGUACUUAGUCAACUGACAGUAAAAAAAAUAACACUAAAAAUAUGGUACCAAAAGGAAAAUUGUAUAGGAGAACAGUAAAUAGUAGCCUCACUGCAACAAAGACUUAUGUAAAUAUGCUUGGGCUUCCAGUUAUAAAUUUUGUAAUUUUGUCAUUUAUUUAUAUCCUAUAAAAGCACACAAAAUAAAAUGAAGUUGUACAGUC